GCUCAAUAUGCACGAAACAAAUUCAAAUUACUUGUACGUCUCCAGCAAUGAUUAGGUUCGCAAGUUUCCCCUGUUAAUAAGAACUUGAUGCCUCCUACGGCGUUUAUAUACAACGAACUCAAAGAAGUGAAAUAGCUCAUCUAUGAUCUUACAAUUAUGUGCAACAACAGACGAGAAGCUCGUCUGGCAUGAGAAUCAGAAGCUGUUCGGAAAACUGUUCUGUACCUCCUGUAACCAAAAUAUAUAGUGACGAGAGAGCAAAAGAGAUCGUGAUUGCAAAUCCAAAUCGAUAUCUUUCUAUCGAGUGAAGUCAUCUGGAAGAUGGAAUGAGAAGCCUUGUGUUAGGAUGUGGCUGUGGGAAAAGAUGAUUAUAUCUGUUUCGACUGAGCGAAAGAUGUCUCAAGAGGUGAACGGGAAACGGGUGUAGAGAGAUGAAGCAUGGUAGAGUUUUUAAAAGUAUCAGUCAAGUAUUCGAGGACAUUCAUGCUUUCGUGCAAAAGGUUGUUCCUUGAGCUUCUUCAAAAACCGUAUUAUUUUUCCCAUUCGUCCCAACAGGUCACUUCGACAAGAUUGUCCUCAUCUCCCGUGGGUGAGCAUACGUUUCAAAAAAUCGUCAAACUACAAACAAAUUCAUAGGCAAGAUACCAAUCUACCUCUAGAGUUUCCUCCUGCUCGUAACAUCAAUCAUAACUAAACAAUUCUCCUGUAAAAGAACAAAAUGGGUGGUUGUGCACAAUCUAAGCCGAUGGCCGCCGCGGUUCCGGCCGCCGAAAAGCCGGCUGAGGCUCCACCGCAGCUCGAUGCCUCCAAGGAGGCCCCGAAAGAGGUUGCUCCGGCUGUCGCCGCUUCCACCUGGUACUUGGUAGACCACACCUUCAAGGAGGGAUGCAAUCCGGAAGACUGGUACUGAAGAUGAUUGUUGUUCAUCUAAAAUCAUCAACAAAACUCAAGCGACAAAAAAGGCCUUCCUAGAAAAAGACUGGAUAAUGGACAUAAGUAGUCCUAAUGAGUGAGAAGCAGACCCCACUUCAAGGCUAGUCAAGCCAUGAAGAAAAGAGUAUCGUCUCUGAGGCUGCUACACAUGCUGUAGGAGUCUCCAAGAAAGAAUGGCACAAAAAGGAAAGAAGUACUUGGUCGACCACACUUUCACUAGAUUCACUGCAGCAUGAGAGAAUGCUGAUCGAUGCAUGUCCAUGCUCUUGAUGUAGAUGUUUUUUUAUCGUCUUCGUUCAGAUACAUUUAGAUUUACAACAACCACUUUCUCAGGUGGAAGAACAUCCAGGAAAUGAUGGCUGACCCGGAAAAGCUCAAGGCUUUUCAUGUUGGCAACACCGAAAAGGGUUUCUACAACCACUCUUUCAACCCGUUUGGCCAAGAUCACAUGAUGUGCGUCUGGGAGUGCAAGGCGGGAACCGCAGAAGCAGACUUCCAGAAGUGCUUGGAUGACGUAAAAAUUUAUUAUUUAGACUCAGGAAAAUGUCUAUGUAUAUCUAGUACUUAUAUAGAUUCUAUAAUUGACUUUGACUACUCACUGUUGAUGAGUUAUGCUUGAAGUUCAAGUUGAAAUCUCUUGAACGUGAACAGCACAAUCACAUCAAAUACACACAACUUCAUGGAUACGACUACAACAUGUCAUCGCAAUCUUCUUCAUCCCCACCAAACCAAGGUUGUCGGUCAAAGCAUGUUGGUGAACAAGGCUAUGAAGAUCCCUGCUGAGCUGUGUGGCGGACAGUUUCCGUAUGCCAGCGCUUUUGCUAAGGACUCCGCAGUUAAGCUCGAUGAAGGCAAUGCCUCUUACCCAUCUUCCACUGCCUGGUUCCUCGUGAAGCACGAUAUGGUCGAGGGCAAGACUGAGGAGUGGUGGUCCGCUACCCAGAAGAUGAUGGCUGAUGUUAUGGCUGAUGAACAUGAUGAAUCGAUGCAAAUAUUAGAAAUCUGCGAUCUUAAUUGCAGUUCAUUCAUGUUUGGUGGUUAGCACGAAGCCUCCUAGACUCCCCAUCCGAUACGGAGUGGUUUAUUCAUGGGUCUACUCCUGCUCCUGCUUGCAACAAUCUUCUAGCAACUACAAUAGAUUAGAAAAUUUGGAAAAGGGCUUGAAGAACUGUUGUUCGGCCUGCUAUGGCUGGCCUCAGGAUCCCUUUGAUUAUCCAUAAAGAAAAUGGAGAGGCAGCGCUGUAAAGAUGGAAUUCUGUUGGAGCUUUGUGAAGUUAUAUAUAUUAUUUCUCCAACUCGGUUAUCUUAGUUUUUCGAGUUGUACAAGGAAUUAGAAAAUUUGAUGUCAUCUAAUCUUGCCGCCGCCAUGGAGGCUUUUACCGCCUCCGGCAUGGAAAAGGGCUUGAAGAACCACGCUUUCGUUCCGAUCACGCAGGAAUUGAUAUACUGCUUCUGGGAGUGCAAAGAAGCUGGCAUGGAAGCGGCUUUGCAAAAUUAUGGAUUUCAACUACUGUUUGAAACUCUAGAAGUAGCUUAAUCUGAUGUCUUGUGUGAAUAUGUAAGGUCAAGUUGUACUUGUUUAAAACAGGAGAUGAACGAGAAGAACGACCGACUGUUCUUUUCCCAUCCUGGGUGGAAACAUUGAUGCCUGGACCACUGACUAAGUUCUAGUAGUGCAAUAAUUAGGUAGAGGACGCUAAACCCAUGAUAUAAAGACACGAACAUUUUUCCCAUCUACUUUCUUAAUUCUACAAUGAAAGAGUGCAGAUACAUACUUACACCCUACUUUUCCUCUAAUGCAAGUUCGUCGAUGAGGAUGUUGGCCGUGGGUGCUUCACCAACACCUUGAUGGAGAUGCCAGCCGCCAUGACUGGUGGUAUGUCCAGUUACAAAUCCUGCUUCUAAAGGGAGGAAGAGGAGAAAUGAAGAGCAGGUACGAUCUCCGUUACAAUAUGUUGUCUAUGAAAAAUGAUGAAGUACAACAACUACAUAAGAAAUAUCGACUCGCGGAGAGUCAACCACGCAGCUUUAUCAGCGUGUAGUAAGACUCCUGUACUACAGUAGAAACAAGAGAAAUUAUGUUGAGUGGUAACAAGAACAAAUUCACUGUAACUCUUUACUUGUGCAACAACAUAAUUCACUGAAAUUGUCCAUGUUUCAAGUCCUCCUUUAGGAGGUAAAGGAAGGCUUUUAGCGUACUCCCAUUGAAAUUGAUGUUUUUUGCAAGCGGCUGAGUAGUCCUAGUGGUUCAUUGUCCGCGUCAGGUCACAAUCACAAAGAACUAACUAACGACUAGUUGUAGUAUGAUACUUAUUAAAAUAUUUAUUGAAUGAAAGAAUGAAAAAAUAGAAUUGGAUUCUAACGAGGUCGUGGAUUAAUGAAAAAGAUACUAGCCGAACGAACGUCACAAAUUAAGUACUCUCAACUUAGAAAGCCCUGUGGUCUAUCAAACGAACAGGUGCUUACAUCAAUGAACAACUUCAUCUUUAGUCAAUAUUUUAUAGGGAUUAUACAGUCCAUCUCCAUGAGGUUAAGGACUGCUUGAAUAGAUGCUAUCAUAAGACUUGGAAGAACCGUGAUCACAACACGACUGACUUGCAACCAAACUAAGAUCAUCGACAAAGACGCUGAACCUAUUCAUACGCAAAAAUCAUCCAUCAUUGUGAAAAGCGUCGCGACAAACAAGUCAUGAAUCAACUAUGAUAACGCAUGAUGAAAAAUCUCGUGAAAAAAGCUGCAUUCCUCAGUAUGAUAAAAAUGAGACAUGGAAAAUGAGACACAUUUCUUGGUGUUGCCGGUUCUGCGGCAAAAAUCCUCGUCAUAAUGUAGAUGAUAUUGAAAAUUAUGGAACAAGAACACCUAUUGAUGCCCGUGUGCCUUUGAAUCUGAGAGUACCACUACAUUGAUCGGUUGU